UUUAAGCUGGAGAACUUGACUACCAACUAGGAGAGUUUUAUGGAUUCACCAUGGCUGCUUCUCAAACUCCUCCUAUUUUUCACAAUUAUAACAACUGGUGCUUCUCUACAGUGUGAAACAUGUACUGGUCCGGGUAAAAACUGCACAGGCGCCAUGGAAGGUUGUAAAGCAAGCGAAGAAACCUGUGUAAUCUCAUAUACUGUGAACAUACUUGAUGGAGUGACAGAUGAGGAAACCACGAAAGGCUGUGGCAAUGUUUACAGAUGCUCAUUCCCCCCAAUUCACUUUAAUAUGGGUCGCAACCAAUACUUCAGGUCACACUGGACCUGUUGCAAAGGAGAGGAAUGCAAAACUGCCUCUGUUUCAUUACCACCAGUGGAGACAAGAAACAAUGGAAAGAAGUGCCCCGGAUGCCAUUCCUGGUCAGACUCCUGCAAAGCAAAGAUGGUGGAUUGUACUGGAGGGGAUCUCAAAUGCUUUGAGAUGGCUUCACAUGUUGAAUUAGCUAAUGGAAGCCACAUAGACCGAACAAUGAUGGGCUGCACAAAUAAGUUUGUCUGUGAUACAAUAGAAAAAGAACGUGCCCGGUUCUGGUUUGGUUCUGAUAAUAUCCAGAAGGCCCGAUGUGAAACAAUGCGUUCUCAGGGAUGUCGACCCACCAGCUUCCUCCUGCCACCCUUCUCUGCUCUCUUGCUGAUGAAGAUCUUCAUGUAGAGCACACUUGCCUAGCGCAAUUACUCUGUGUUCAAUCAGAGCUCCAAGGUUCACAAGCUCAAUGUAAACUGCCUGCAGGUUGGCCUUGCAGAUGAAUUUGCUCUCCUUUCCUCAGGGAAAAUAAAC